GUCACCAGCACUGGAGGUGUAACCUUGCUUAUUUUACAAUAAAAUCUUGAACUACACAGCUCUGGGUUUUGAUGGACUGGUUCAGUUUCACUUUGCCUGUUUUGUUCUGUUUCGUUUUUGUUUUUCCAGGAAUAUAUGGCCACUCACCCCUAGAGCAGAUGUGCUGAUUUGGACAAUGUAAUGACCACAAACUCAGGUUCUCAGUCCACCAAGGCGCCUUAUGUUUAAUGCAAAGUCUCCAAAACUAGAAGCACGACACACCCCCAGCACACAUCCUGCAACCAUUUCCUGUUUCUCUUGUGUAAAUCCCAGCUGAACCUUGCAGUCUUGGGCGUCGGUUACCACCUUCUCCCCUAGUUGCCGGCUUCCUUAAGAUAAAGUAACUUUUCUUUCAUCCAACACUUACCUCUCUGUAUUGGCUUUUCAGCAAACGAAUCAGAGCCUGGUGACAGUCAGAGCCUUUGUGCAACCAGGCAGGAGUCAGGUCCCCUAGCCUCUGCCCCUCUAGCUACACUUGAGUUGAUGAGCGGGCUGCUGCUGGGAAGGUGGAGAGGAUCUACAGAUAAGUUUUACAGCUGCUAAACUCAUUAGUUUCUGGAAUUUUCCUAUCCCUCCCCACUCAUUGUGGACAGCCUGUUUUCAGUUUCUGUUGAGAGAAGGAAACUGGCUUCUGAAGGAGCAGCUGAGCUCUUGACUGAAUCCUGAGCCUCAGCAGUCACAGGCCCCCGAGACUUUUCCAGGCAUCUGAUUUAAUCCGCCUCCAGAGUGUACGUUGGCUGCUGGGUCCUCAGUGAAGACCACUGCCAUAUUGGCAAUAGGACUUGCCUGACCAUCACAAUAUCAUGUCCACCGGUAGGACAUCCCCAGAAAAGUGUGGCUUGUACAUUGUGUUCAGCUGCCUCCGCAUGCCACAGCUGGUCUGCAUCAUCUCGGCCUUCUUCCUAGCGCUUGACAUGGGGAUUCGGUGGGGGGACAUAAGUAACCGGAUCAUGUUCAGCUGGUGCUUCUGAAUCAUUGGUACGCUCACCAUCGUCAUACUGGAAUUAUAUAGGUUUCCGACCAACUUUCCUUUCUGCUGGUACAACUUCUCCAUCACCUAUGCCUGCUACGCUGCCCUCAUCUGCCUCUCGGCCUCCAUCUUCUACCCCAUCACUUACAUCAAGUUCUUGCCUUAGGAUGCCAGCCAAAACCGGGCCAUCGCUGCCACUGUGUUCUCCUGGCAUCGCAUGUGUGGUUUAUGUCAUGGACGUGGUCUGCGUAUGGGAAUGCUGCAAGCUCAAGGAGAUCCCCUGCUACGUGCACACCAGGCCAGGCCUGCUGAAGGUGCUGGAGACCUUUGUGGCCUGUGUUAUCUUUGUCUUCAUCAGCAACACCUCCCUGUACAUAGACCAGCCAGCCCUGGAGUGGUGCAUGGCCGUGUAUUCCAUCUGCUUCAUCCUGGCAGUUGUGGCCAUGCUGAUGGACCGGGAAGAAUGGGAGAACAGGCUGCCCAUCUCCUUCCCCGUUUUUCAUCUGGGACUGAACUUGCUGUCUAUCCUCCUCCACUUCACUGCUCUGGUCCUCUGGCCGCUCUACCAGUUUGAUGAGAAGUAUGGCGGGCAGCCCCAGCAGUCCAGCGAUGUGAACUGCAUUGAUAGAACUACCAACGGCAUGUGCGCCUGGGAGCAGCGCCUGGCUGUGGCCGUCCUGACAGCCGCCAACCUGCUGACGUACAUGGCCGACCUGGGGUACUGGGCCCACCAGGUUUCUGUAGGGACUGGGGGUCAUCCCACAGACUCCUGAUCCUCUCUGCUCACAGGAGAUCUCUACUGAGCUCUGACAUCCUCUGAUGCCCUCUUCCUGGCUCUCUCUCCCUUCUCACAUCCUUCCCCAUUCAUCUCACUCUCUUUUCUGUUUCCUUCCCUCCUUCUGCUCUGUCUCCUUCCUGUCUUAUGUGAUAGCCCCCAUUCUCUUUUGCCUCUUUCUCUUGCUUUGCUCAUCUUUUCUACAUUUUCUGCCUUUACCCCCAUUCUGACUCUCUUUGUUUUCUCACCUUCUGUGUCCUGACCACCUCUUCCCAUCUUCCUUCUUCUGAUCCAUCAGGACCUGAGACUCCUUCCUCCUCUGCCCACCGCCCCUCCCACCUCCUGAGGUGCUGACUCCACAGCACACAGCCCUCUGUGCAGCGGUCACACCCUGGGCCUCCAGAGGGGCCUCAUUGCCAAAGGAUGUCUGUCCACCUGGGGGUGCCUUAGUUGGUAAUUGUCUGUGUGUUUUUUUGGAGAGUGAAGGCAGGUGGUAAGUCACUGGACACUCUCUCCCAGUGGAGCGUUGGAGGCUGGUGUGCAAUGUGCCUUCCCUUUAAAUUAAAAAAAAAAAAAAAAAAAAAAAGUCUCUGGAGAUCAGUAAUUCCCAGAUGGCAGACUUAAAGCACAGACCCUGGGCCCCUGGGCCCCUCCUGGUGCUCAGCCCCACCUGAGAGUGGCUCCAGAAUUUUUGCAGGCUCACUAAACACCCACUCCCUAGAGGGCAUCUUAGAGGAAGCCAGGGGUCAAUACCUUCCAUCCCAGCUAUGCUCUGGGGAAUCACAAAAGGAGCUGGUGAAGAACCCUAGGGUUGUGUUGGUGAGGGGCAGCGAUGUGGCCCUCCUGCCUCAGUGAUCAAAACUGCAGUCCUGCCUCUGCAGGGAGAAGAGCAUGGGCCCACCAGCCUUAAAGUGAUGUUAGCCUGCUUUUUUUUUUUUUCUGUUCU